CGCCAACGGUAAGGAGUUUCUGUUGCAGAGAGAUGGAAGACUGCAUGGAAAAUGUGCCCCCGGUUAUUUCUGCUCAGCUGGGAGCUCUGAACCAACUCCACAGGCCUGCAGGAAUUCCUCAAGUCUGUUCCACAGGGGACAUCUUGGUGCAGGGCUGUGCCCAAUGGGAUUUUAUUGUCCAGAGGGCAGUGACUCACCAAUACCAUGCCCAGCCAAUACUUUAGGGGCAUCCUUGGGUGCCAGGCGGAGAGAGGACUGUUGGCCUUGCCCUCCAGGACACUGCUGCAAAGCAGGUGACCCAGUGACCUAUCCUUGUCCUCCUGGUUAUUACUGCCCUGGAGGGAAGGAAUUUGAAGGCAGGGGCCCUCAAGAAUGUCCUGAGAACACGUAUCAGGCAGAACUAGGGGCCUGGAGCCAGAGAGAAUGCCAGCCAUGCCCACCAGGAUAUGACUGCCCAACCCCUGGCCUGUCAUCUUAUGAAGACCACCUCUGCCCUCCAGGGCACUGGUGCCCAGGAAAGCAAAGGGCCUUGCUCUGCCCUCCAGGUACCUUUAGGACCCAGCUGGGUGCCACAUCAUGGGAAGAGUGUGAGCCCUGCCCUCCAGGCCUUUACUGCCCUGACCCAUUGCUGACCGGCCUGGUCAAUGUCCAUGGCAUUCCUUGCAGACCUGGCUAUGAGUGCCCUCGAGGCUCCAUGAGUGAGACCUUGUGCAGAGCUGGUUCCUUCUGUGGUCCCCAGACUGGUAUUCCCCCCAUGUGUCCCGGGGGCUAUGCUUGUCCAGAAGGAUCUUCCACCUACCGCACAGUUGAGCAGCUUGUAAGCUCCAAGUGUUCAAGGAAUGUACUCAUGCUUCUGUUCCACUUUCCCGGCAGCAAGGAUUACCCUUCGGGGCAUUACUGCCCCAACAUGACCUCUGCCCUCAGGCUUUGCCCUGCUGCCACACACAGACGCUCCAGGGGGGCCCAGCGACCUGAGGACUGUUCCCCAUGUCCUAAGGGCACCUAUGGGCUGCGCCCCAGCAUGACGUCCUGUUUACCCUGUGGCAGUUCCUCCUCCUCCCAGCCAGGGGCCUCCAGCUGCACCAGCCAGGGCUUGAACCGAGCCUUUCAGGAGUCAGAUGGUUCCUGCAUCUGUCAUGCUGGUUACGUUUACUAUGAUCAGAGGAGCCAGGAGAGCCAAGACAGCAACAGUGACCAGGACUGUCAUCCCCAGACUAAUGCCUUCCUGUGCCACUAUGAUGACCUGACAUCCUGCACCUGCAUUAGCCUGCCUCCCCGCGCCCAGUGCCCUGACCCUCGAAUGUCAUUUUCCUGAGGACCAAUGCCUUCUGGCACCCUGUGCCACUAUGAUGACCUGGCGCCUGGUGCCUGCAUCAGCCUGACGCCCUGCGCCCUGGAUCUGGUACCCUGCGCCUGGAGAAAAAUCCCAACCUGUCUAUAUUGUUAAAUGGACCAAAUUACUCACUUGUGUCUAACAUACCUUUCGCCAGGCAGUUUAAUGAUGGAAGCUCAUUUCAGUCAAACAGCCACAGUCAUUCUCUCUCUGAACUCCAAAUAGAUUUCAAAAGGACUCUUAUCUCGGCGGUUGCACUUGAGGGUCGCUGAGAGAUGGACCGCUUCGGACCGUCGUCGAGCGUUGUCAUCCGAGUCACGGCAACCAAAUUAUGGUGGAAGAGAAACUUUUCAGACUCUGAGUUGUGUUUAGAAAAAGUUGCUCUCCCUCGAUUAACCGGCAUCAGAGCCCAUAAAGGUGUCACAGAAAGCGAAGAAGCUGACCGAGUGACCGAGGCGACCGAGCCACCGGCCCCCACGUCCCCAGGAAUCCAGCAGAAUUGCCUCCACACAACCUCAUCUUCCGAUCCAGCGUGCGGAGAGGCUUCGGCUGCGUUCUCAGGGUCUCCCCACAUCCGGGGGCCUCCUUGGGCCGGGGUCUCCCGCCCCCACGGAGGGACCUCCUAAUGGGUUGGCGACCGGACAAGUGGCAUCCAUCCUGAACCCAGCGCUCCCGGUUUGGCGUCCAUGGUCUUCCCUGGAAAGAAAAUCACCAAAUGGGUCUUGGGAAGAAAGUUGCCGUAGGAGUGAUGACAAGGAAUGAUACUACUGGCCUCCAAAGAGAUGCUUAUUCUAGGGAUCCAGCACUGAUCUGGGGUUCUAGAAAAGAAGCUAAGUAACUUUUGACUGACACAGAGCCAAGAAAAGAGACCAUCAUUUCCUCCCCAUCCUGAUACGUGUGUCAUACAACACCAAAGAAU